UGAGUCUGGCGCCUUAGACCACUCGGCUAUCCUGACCAUAUUUGUCAUGUCUUUCAAAGUCAAUAUUUGGAGGCUUCUGCAAACGUUGUUUUAACCGAUUGUUCAGCGCCAGGCCGCCAACCCGGUCUCAGAGCCUCUACUCCACUCUGCUAGGGUUCCAAACAAUUCUUCAAAAAAAAAAGAGGUUAACCUUUAUAAUUCACGAAUCUUUAUUAAAUAAUUGAUUCCAACUUUUAAAAUUUUUCGACCUGAAUUAUAUUCGAAACUCCGUUAGCAAUGAAUCCGGUUCACUUUCAACCCGCACCGCCUCUGCCUUGGUUCCCAACAUUACCGCCAGAACCACCGAAUUCGAGUACAUUUUGGGAGACCAGAAAUGUGCGCGAUCGUGUUAGAGAUUUGCAAGAUACUCUUAAUCUUGCCAAUGCAAUGCAAAAGGAGCUGGAGAUGCUAACUAUGAUUAAAAAUGGGUCAAUGGAUCCUUCUGUUUCUGAGUUCUUGAAGUAUCUAGAAGAUAGGAGGAUUGAUUUGGAAACUCAAGAAUCACUUUCUAUGCAAGCGGCGAAUUCUUUGAUGUCAAAGCUAAGAGCUCAGUUGGAGCCCUUUAGAUAUGUUGUGGAUGAAGCGAGCCCGUGGGAGGAGAAAUCAGCAGCAGCUAGACUGACCAAUAAAAUUAAGAAGUCUAAAAGGAAUAACCUUUGGAGGAAAAGAAAGCGGAAACGAAUGGCAGAAUUGCUUACAAAGGAACGUGAACGAUUUGAUCAAGCUGAUAGAGACGCUGAUGAAUGGAGAGCUAGAGAGAUCGCAAAGGACAUUGCAAGCCACAAGGUGGAAAAGAUGAAGGAAAUAGCAAAGCUUAAAGCCAAGGAAGAAAAAAAGAGACUAGAAUCUGAGCUUGAGCUAGUUUUGAUUGUGGAAAAGCUGCAAGAGUUGCGCUCCAUGAGGAUUCAGAAAUUGAAGAAACAAGGCCAUUUUCUCCCAGAGGAGGAUGACAAGUUUCUUGAGAAAGUUCAAGCUGCAGUUGAGGAAGAGGAGAGACAAGUUUUGGCAGCAGCUGAUACAGAUGCUGCUAAAGAUGCCAUUGCAACUGCCGAGGAAACUAGGAAGGCCACUCAGAACCAAAGACCCCCCUUAAAGGAUCUUAUCAGUGAUCAAUUUGAGAUUAAGGACAGCAAAGACCAAAUAACACCAAAUGAGGACGAAGAGGACUCUAUUACAGUCACUGAUAAGGAAUCUGGCAAAAAUAUAUCGAAAGGACAUGGUUACACUGGAGCAUAUGAUUCUUUGACCAAUUUACCAAUUGAAUUCUAUCACUAUUACCAUGGAAGCAAUAACGACAUGGGAACACUUAUUGAGGUUAGAAGGACAUGGGAUGCUUAUAUCAGACGAGGAGGAAGCCGCAUACCAGGUCACUGGGUUCAGCCAUCACCUCCGGCUGAUGAGAUAUGGGCAUCCUACCUGGUGGGGCCUAAAAUGACACCUUAUUAGUCUGCAAAGAGGGGGUAAUAGGGUAUUGUAAAAUUAAUUUCGAAAUUUUUGAAGGCUUAUGUUUAGAUUGCCCGUCUAUUGAAAUUGACUAUUUACUGCUUCCCUUGUUACCCUUUGUUUCUGGCACAGUUUAUCCUCUUCAGUAUGUGAUUUUUUUUUUCUGUUUCUCACACACAUCGUCCAACCAAUAUUAAUGGACCACAUGUUACUUUUCUGCAUCUUCAUCAUUCUCAACUAUUUACGAUUUAUCUUUUUGAUAGCUCGAGUUUACAGAUCUUUCCUCUUGGAAUAUACAAGUAAAAGUAACUGGUUUGAUUAUUACUUUGAAUGUUCUAAAAAAUGUUUCACAUCACAGAAAGAAAAACAGAGAAAUAGAUUAGCUUAGAAAAGUGAAUGUAGCCGAGGGUUCCAGACGCUCAAAAAAGGG